UGAGGAGGGAGAAUGGCGGCGGAAAGGAGGGGAGGAAGAGCAGUCGCAGUUCAAGAAAGCAGAGACACUCCCGCCCUCUCUACCGGCAACCCUCUGUAUGAGACGUAUUACAAGCAGGUGGAUCCAGCUUGCACUGGUAGAAUUGGGGCUAGCGAUGCGGCUCUGUUUCUCAAAAAAUCCGGUCUCACCGACACUAUCCUUGGGAAAAUAUGGGAUUUAGCAGAUCCAGAAGGCAAAGGAUUUCUGGAUAAACAGGGAUUCUUCAUUGCGCUGCAGCUAAUAGCCUGUGCCCAAAGCGGUCACGAUGUCAUCCUCAGCAACUUAAACUUGACGUUACCUCCUCCAAAAUUUCACGACAACACAAGCCCCCUGCUGCUUGCUUCCACAGAUGCUCACUGGGCUGUCAGAGUAGAAGAGAGGGCCAAGUUUGAUGGCAUUUUUGAAAGCCUUUUACCAGUCAAUGGUUUACUUUCGGGAGACAAAGUGAAGCCAGUAUUGAUGAACUCCAAACUACCUCUUGAUGUCUUGGGAAGGGUGUGGGAUCUCAGUGAUAUCGAUAAAGAUGGGCACCUUGACAGAGAUGAGUUUGCCGUGGCGAUGCACCUGGUCUACCGUGCCCUUGAGAAGGAGCCCGUCCCCUCUGUGUUGCCCCCAUCUCUUGUUCCACCUUCCAAGCGGAAGAAAGUGCCAAUCUUUCCUGGGGCGGUGCCAGUUCUUCCGGCCAGUCCUCCCCCCAAAGACAGUUUGCGGUCCACUCCAUCACACGGCAGCGUCAACAGCCUCAACAGCACAGGAAGCUUGUCCCCCAAACACAGCCUGAAGCAAACACAGCCAUCUGCAAACUGGGUGGUGCCACUGACUGACAAGAUUCGCUAUGAUGAGAUCUUUCUGAAGACAGAUUUGGACCUGGAUGGCUUUGUGAGCGGCCAGGAAGUGAAGGAUAUUUUCAUGCACUCGGGGCUUUCCCAGAUCCUCCUAGCGCACAUAUGGGCGCUGGCUGAUACAAGGCAAAUGGGAAAGCUCAACAAAGAUCAGUUUGCACUCGCCAUGUACCUCAUUCAGCAGAAGGUCAGCAAAGGCAUUGACCCGCCACAGGUGCUGCUCCCAGAUAUGAUUCCUCCUUCAGAAAGGACUACUCCAGUCCAGACACUCUCAGGCUACUUGGCCUCUGUAGGAACUGAGAUCUCAACACUCACAGAAAUGCGUCGUGACAGCUCAAGUUCCGUUGGAUCAGGGGAGUUCACUGGUGUGAAAGAACUGGAUGAUAUCAGCCAAGAGAUUGCACAGCUACAGAGAGAGAAAUAUUCUCUAGAACAAGACAUUCGAGAAAGAGAAGGAGCUAUCCGGCAGAAAACCAGUGAAGUUCAGGAACUGCAAAAUGAUUUAGACCGGGAAACUAGCAGCUUGCAAGAACUGGAGGCUCAAAAGCAGGAUGCUCAAGACCGCCUUGAUGAGAUGGACCAACAAAAGGCAAAGCUGAAAGAUAUGCUAAACGAUGUAAGGCAAAAGUGCCAAGAAGAGUCACAAGUGAUUUCAUCGUUAAAAAUGCAGAUUCAGUCCCAGGAGUCAGAUUUAAAAUCCCAAGAAGAUGACAUCAGUAGAGCAAAAGCUGAGCUGAAUCGGCUUCAGCAGGAAGAGACCCAGUUGGAGCAGAGCAUCCAGGCUGGGAAAGUACAACUGGAAACAAUAAUCAAAUCUCUGAAAUCCACUCAGGAAGAAAUUAAUCAGGCAAGGAGUAAGUUAUCUCGGCUUCAAGAGACCCUUCAGGAAGCCAACCAGAGCAUUGAACAAUACAAUGAAGCCUUGAAUGGACUUCACAGUGGCAGCAUGACUAACCUGGCAGAUCUGAAUGAGGGGAACAUCCAAAAAGACCGGGGCGGGUUUGGGACCUUGGAUGAUCCAUUCAGGAACAAGGCCCUGCUUUUCAGCAAUAAUGCCCAAGAGUUGCAGACCGACCCUUUCCAAACUGAGGAUCCCUUCAAAGGAGCAGAUCCCUUCAAAGGCAGUGACCCUUUUCAGAAUGACCCUUUUGCUGAACAGCCUCCUGCAGCAGCAGAUCCAUUUGGAGGUGAUCCAUUUAAAGAAAGUGACCCAUUCCGGACAUCUGUGCCUGAGGAUUUCUUUAAAAAGGCUGAAAAAAGUGACCCAUUCACUUCAGACCCAUUCUUGCAAAAUUCCACACUGCCCUCCAAACCAAAUGUCUUUGAGAACAGUGAUCCUUUCCUGACUCUGAGCAUCUCUUCUUCAAAAGGGCCAGAUCCUUUUGGGACAUUAGAUGCCUUUGGUAGCAGCACCUUCAGCAGCCACAGUAGUGAAGGAUUUGCAGAUUUCAGUCGAAUGUCAAAGCCUCCAGCUUCUGAUCCAUUCUCCUCUUUUGGAGGGGCUGGUUUCUCUGAUGACCCUUUUAAGACUAAAGCAGACACUCCUGCCCUCCCGCCGAAGAAAAAUAUGCCUCCCAGGCCCGAGCCACCCAGUGGUAAAAGUCCUCCUGUAAGCCAAGUCGGGUCUUCCGAUUUUGCCAAGUCCCCCGAUCCAUUUCAGCCAUUCGGGGCUGACAGCAGUGACCCGUUUCAGAGUAAAAAGGGGUUUGGGGACCUAUUUAGUGGAAGAGUCCUGUUUGCUCCUUCCUCUUCAAGUAAACCUUCUAAAGACUCUUCCCGGGGGUUUGCUGACUUCAGUUCUCUUGGCAAUGAGGAGCAGCAGUUGGCGUGGGCCAAACGGGAGAGUGAGAAGGCAGAGCAGGAAAGGCUGGCGCGAUUGCGAAGACAAGAGCAGGAAGACCUGGAGUUGGCCAUUGCGCUCAGUAAGGCCGACAUGCCGACUUCUUAAAAGCGAGGGUGGCCAUCAAGCAGACCUAUUUCCUGGUACCUGUUCUAGAUCCCUGAUGUUCUUGGGGCAUUUUCCGUUUUUUCUUUUUUGGUUUUUAUUUUAUGAAUUCCAGCUGCCUACGGGGCUGACUGUUGAGGAGCAAACUGCAUUUGAUGGGCUUGGCGUCACAGCAGUCUUUGUUUUGUUUUGUUUUUUUAAAUUAAGUUAGGCUUUCUAGGCUGAAAAUGUUGCUUGUAAGAGAACUUGCCACAGCCCCAUCACACUGACUGCCAGAUUUUGCUGUGCUGCAGAAAACAGUAGUAUAACCGAGCUGCCUCUCACAAACUGCAUUUUUUGUGGAGUGGCGGCACAGUCGUGGAAGUUGCCACUCAUCGCUGGGUUCAAGGAGAAGUGUGAUCUUCAUAAAGAGAUGGAUUGUUUUUAUGCUGUAGUUAAGUCUCUCUUAAUUUCCUUCUGUUGGUCAGUGGCCUGAAAUACAACUUGUCAUCCGA